AUGCCCUCCCCUUCCGAAUCCCUCGACAUCGCCGAAUUGGCCAUUUACCUGCCUCUUCUAUCCCUUACGCUUUUCGUCGUCUUCCGCCAUGGUAUACAUCGCCAAUCAGGCUGGAUCUACCUCGCCAUAUUCUGCCUCAUUCGGAUCAUUGGCGCUGCUCUAGGCAUCGCAGCAGAGAAGAAGCCGAGCAAAGUCAGUGAUCUGGAGUGGAGCGCGAUAUUGGGCAGCGUUGGGAUAAGUCCGCUGCUAUUGGCAAGUUUGGGGUUGUUGAAGAGGAUAACCGAUGAGACCACCAAAAGGGUUCCAACGGAAGGCAGGAUAUUCGGCAGACUCGGUGUGCAUCAGUUUGCGACAUCCUACCGCAGCCGCUUCCUCCAGCUUCUACAGAUCCCUGCCGCAAUCGCGCUCAUCAUCUGCAUUGUUGGUGGCUCCGACUUGACCGACAGCUCAAUUUCCGAACAGAGCACAGGAAAGAGUCUGAUCAAAGCCGGCCUCAUCAUCUUCCUGAUCAUCUAUAUCUGCCUCUUUCUCCUCAUUGCCAAGAGCGCAAGCCAAAUCAACGGCCUUCCCUCUGGGGAGAAGCGAGUUCUAUCAGCAUUAAUAGUAGCGCUGCCACUCCUCGGUGUUCGCAUCCUCUUCAGUCUCCUCGCAUACUUCUCGACAAUUUCGACAUUCUCCCCAAUCAACGGAAAUGUUCUUGUACGAGCAUUCAUGGCAAUCUUCGAGGAGAUCCUGAUAGUCAUCGUGUAUAUCUUGGCUGGCAUUUUGGUGCCUAAGUUUGGCAACGCGAAAAUGGACGACACCAAUUUCGAGAUUCAGCAUCUGGAAACGAGAGCGAGCACGCCAGCUCGGCACGCUCCACAGCAGGGUUCUCGGGUCGUGGUCUGA